UUGUGUUGCUGUGUUUACGCGAAUGAAUAAAUAAAAUUUAAAUAUUAAAAUUAAUCAAAGUGCGAAAUGGCUAGCUCGGACUCGAACGAGGUCUUAAUCGAGGAAAUCGAUAGCAACGAUGUGCCGGAGAACGAGUUGGAGCAAUUCCAGGAGACGGAGCCGCUGCGCGUGGUGGACAUCAUCCACUGCACCGCCGAUGGCGAGAGGCGCCCUUACGAGGCAGACGAGGAGGAGGGUGCUCUUAUUAAACGGUAUGUUCAGGGUGUCCAGUGUCUGGAGUUCCCCGACUUUUGCACAAAGCUGGAAGCAGGCGACGAUGACGAGGAGGACAUUGGCGAAGAAGAUGAGGAGAAGCAGCCAGAUGCCGCCAGUAAGGAUGAACUGCCAAGCACUUCGACCGGUCGUUCGAAGCCACUGCCGCUGCCGCGAGACGCACAGUCAGCCAGCGGAAGUGGACGCGGCGGAGGCUUUCGCAAGACCCAACUAAGCCCCGCCCUGCAGGGUCUGAUGGGCGAGGCGAACCUAAGUUUUGCCUACGGACGCUACGAGACCGCCGAGCGCAUCUGCAUGGAGAUCAUCCGCCAGAAUCCGCUGGCCAGCGAACCCUUCUACACGCUGGCCGAGAUCUACGAGAACCGCGACGAGGUAAAGUUUCUCAACUUCUCGACGUUGGCGGCGCACCUGAAUCCCCAGGAUCGGGACAUGUGGAUCAGGGUAUCCGAUCUGCUCGUGCAGCAGGGCAACCUGGCCCGCGCCCGUCUCAUCUACACCAAGGCCAUCAAGAUGCUGCCCAAGGUGUACCAGCUGCGACUGCGAAAGGCACAACUACUGCAGAAGAUGGGGGAAACGAGCGCGUCCAUGUUCACGUACUUAAAAAUGUUGCCUCUGAUGCCGCCGGAGGAGUGGAAGAUGUGCCUAAGUACGGCCAAGAAUGUGGCUCGGUACUUCCAUGUGCUCGAGAAGCACACCCUUGCCCUGGAGGCCAUGGAGGGGGCGUACAGUGUGUGCGGCGUACGCUUUACUCUUGAAGAUAUUAAUAUCUACCUGGAGCUGCUCAUUCUGAAUAAGCAAUAUGCCAAGGUGCUGAGGUGCCUCCGAGAGCGCACCAACUUCGAGCUGGAGAACGACCAGGAAGAGAGCUUGGAGCUUAUCUACUUCUGCGAAAUUCCCGAUGACUAUGUUCCCGAACUGCGGGCCAAGCUCUGCGUCAGCCUUAUUCACAUGCGGGCCCACCAUUUGCUGGGCUAUCUCAUCCAGAAUGUGCAGGAGCACAUUACUCUCACAGCGGAUCGCGUGGAGCUCUACAUGGACAUCACGGAGGCACUGAUGCAGGAGCACAAGUACGCCGAGGCCAUUGCGUUAAUGAGUCCGAUCACCGAUGGCGACACAGUCGAAUGCCCGGCGUUCGUAUGGCUACGCCAAGCGGAGUGCCUGCGGCAUUUGAACCGCACCAACGAGGCCAUCCAGUGCUACGAGAAAGUGGUGCAGCUGGCUCCCUUCUGCUACGAUGCGCGCUUUACACUUUCCGCCCUGCUGAAGCAACAGGGAAGGCAUGAGGAAGCCGUGGAGGCGCUGGAGCAACCAGGCGAGGCCGAGGGGCAGCCGCUGAUCGCCCGGCUUUUGUACGAACGGUGUGUGAUGCUGCAGCAGAUCGGUCGCAUCGAGGAGUUCCUAGAUGUGGGCUACGCCCUGCUCAGUCGGCACUCCAUAAAGCUGUACAAUCGGGAAGAGAUGAUGGCGGCCGCAAACGGGGGCAGCGCAUACAAUGCGGACAGCUUGAAGACCAUCAUACAGAUGCGAUCUAUGGCGGUGGACAACGUGGCGGAGCAAGAGCAACAAGAUCCCACCAAGGGUGCCGCCACCGAGGCUUCCGAUCUGACUGUGAAGGACGAGUUCAAUCUCUUCCUGGAGCUGGUGCGCACGGCCUUCAAGCAUGGAAUGUACGGGGCUGCCGAGAAGAUAUGCUUUGCCACCGUUACCACAAAGAGAUUCACCUUCUAUCACCACGAGAUUGAACGGAUCAUGGUGCUGACCUGCUACUUUAACGAGGACUGUGCCAUCGCCUUCUCGUAUCUGCGGGAGCUGAUCGCCAAGCAGCCGAGUCACAUAAACCUGUGGAACAUGCUAUCACUGAUGAUCCAACGUGGCGACGAAGUGCGCUACUACCGCUACAUGCGGCGCCUAAUGAACCGCCAUCCGGUUGACACCAAGCCGAUGCGUAUCUUCCAGGGCCACUACCACCUUAACUGCGGCUCCUUCAAGUACGCCCUAAAUAUUUACAUGCCCAUUCUUCGCGAGAAUCCUGAUCCCCUGCUGGCCCUCUGUAUAGCCGUGGCUUUCAACCAGCUGGCGCUGCAGAAGAAGGUGCUUCGCAAGGCGGCGGCAGUAUCCCAGGCGGUGGCCUUUGGCAACCGCUACAUGGAGCUGAGAUGCGGUACAGAGCUGGCGGAUUGCGCUGCCCAGCAGGAAAUUUACUACAACAUCGGACGGAUCUAUCAUCAGGCGAACAUUCAGCAUUUGGCAGUCGUUUACUACGAAAAGGCUCUGGCAGUGCCAGUUCAUCCUCUGAUUGCCGAACACGAAUCGAUCCUGGGACUGCAGCAUGAGGUGGCAUUCAACCUGCAUCUCAUUUACCGAGCCAAUGGUAAUAAGUGGAAGGCGCGACAGUAUCUAAUGCGUUACUGUGUGGUCUGAUUGCAGAUCCGGAUCAGGUACUAUUAUUAACACACAGCUUUAUAUGUACAUAUAUUACAUAAGUUAAGAGAGUUUGAGGAACUACAUAUAUUCUUUUUUACAAGUCACUUAUGUAGUAAAUGACCACAUGACCUUUUGGUAAGACA